AUGAAUAUAAAUCUUGAAGACGGUGAAUUAACUCCUUCUCCAACAGAAAGAGAACCUUCAGUUUUGAAAAUACGUCAGUCUUUUCAAGGAUCUACAACACAUUUAGAUGAUGAUCCUGAAAUUGCCAGACUAUAUCAAGAGGCUCUUUAUACUCUUCCUGAUACAAAAAAUCAACGUGAAAUACCUCAUCGUUUCAAUGGACAAAUUGCAAAUGUUUCUUCACUACCAAAUCAUAAAAAAAGAAAGCGUAAACGUGCAAAAAACGUUCCUUCAUUAAAUCAAAAUUUCCUUGGAACUCAGAAAAAUAUAUAUCCCGGUGAAACAUCUCCAAAUAAAAUCAAUAGUCCUGUUAAACGUAAACGUGAUUCUUCAGCUUAUUCUAAUAGUGUUGAUUCUCGAGGAAAUGCUAAACGUUUCAAAUCUUGUAAUUUUAAAAGUAAUAUUAAUAAAAUUACUAAAAAACCAACACUUCCUAAAAUGCCUUCUUCUUUGGCUGCUGAAGUAAGCCGUUAUUUUAAUACAAAAGGUAUUGGUACUUUUAAUGCUGAAGAAAUAUUUGAAACUGUUUGGGAUAUGACAGUAAAUGAGCUUCGAAAAUUGGAUAAAAAAUGCAAAGAACUUCAUUUAGAAACAAUAAUUGCUGAAAAUAUGGUUCAAGAACAAAUAGGUACUGAGAAGCGAUAUAAAAGAGAAUUAGUUGAUAUCCAGGGGAAGUAUAUGAAAAAUGUUAACUAUACUGAUAUAUCUUCUGGAAAUUUAAGACUUCCUGCAAAGCUUAAUGAAGCAAUGAUGAAACAUGAUUGUUGUUUAAAAAUUUUAGAAGAAUUGAAAGAACAAUAUACUCUGAAAUAUAAUAAGUAUCAAGUUGUUGCUGUAUCUUUUAAAAAAUUUACCGCAUUUCACAAACAUCUUUUUGAGUACAAAAAAUUACAUGAUAAUUUUCUUAUGGAAUUGGAUUCUUAUAAUCAAGGUACAAAUGAUUACAAUAACAAACAUAAUGAAAGAGAUAUAAUUUUUGAUGAUGAAGUAAGAUCAGUCAAUUAUAAUCGAGAUUCUGAUCUUUCUGAUCAUAGUAGUGAUAUGUCACUCUGUUCUCGGAACUCUCCUUUCCGUCCACCACCAUCUCCACCAUUAUUUAAUCAAGAAAAUAAUUCUUCUUGUGGUCCUAUGAAUACUUUUUCUUCAUCAUCAUAUGGUCAUGAAAAUAGAAAUAAUCUUUUAUCGAAUUCACCAAUCUUUGACAAUAAUGAUAGAAACAAUUUUGUUAAUAAUUGCCGUGGUAUUGAAUUUUCACCCUCACUUGUGAAAUGUACUACAUCAGAUAGCAAAGAUAAACAAAAAGAUUUUAAUUUAGUCGACAAAAAUAUCUCCUAUGGUAACACAAAUUUUAACAGUCCUAAAUCUAUAAAUAAUUGUAUCGAGGAAGUUGUAAGAUCUGAAUCAUCAGUACAACCAAAUUCAACAUCAAAUUUAAAGGAUGGAAAUUCAUUGUAUGGUCGUGCUGGAUCGUGGACUAAUAUGCAAACAUAUACAAAAAAAAAUGAAAAUUCUGAUGAUUUAAAAAAACGUCAAUUAAUGGGUCCUGUACCUAUAAAUAAUUGUAGUAAUUUUUUCCCAUCUACUUCAUGUAAUGGUACCAUAUUACAACCUGUUCAUAUUAAUAAUCAUAUUGAACCUGAAAUAAGUCCACCAAAAGAUAAAGAAAAUGGUAUGACACCAGCUAUGGUUAAUAGAUAUAAUUCAUCCAUAGAAGAUAUAGAUGAAUUAUUAUGUUACUAUGAUUUGUAUGGUCAAUGUAAAGACAAUAAAUGUAAAAGUCUUCAUGGAAUGCAUAAAAAAGUUUUAAUGGAUUGUAUUGAUUAUUGUAUACGUUCUGAAGAUAUUUUUAUUAGCUUACCUAAGCCAAUUGAUGAAACAUUGGCAUAUUUUGUAUUUACAGUCUUAAGAGAAAAUAAUUAUAACUACAAAGAAACUAUAAAAAGAUUGCAAAAUUUUGUCAACAACGGGUAUAAUACCAGCAGCGUUAGGGUCUUUCAAUGA